AGAGCGAGGGGGGCCCCGGCGUGGACCAGGGUGGGGGCCGGGGCUGCCAGCCUGGCCCUGGCCUGUCAAGCAGCUCAUUGUUCCUGCCCCGGGUGUCACUGGGCGCCGCCGGGGACAAUGUGGCACUGAGCGGGGCGGCCGGCGGCGGAGGGACGAGGCGCACGGAAAGACCGCCGUGUCCCACAGGCUCAGCUCGCCCUCCUGCCAUGGCAUCGCCGGACGGAGCCAGCGGCAUGGGCGGCAGCCUCGAGGAGACGGAGCUCAGCAUCACCCUGACCCUCCGCAUGCUCAUGCACGGCAAGGAGAUCGGCAGCAUCAUUGGCAAGAAAGGAGAGACUGUUAAGAGGAUACGAGAGCAGAGCAGCGCGCGCAUCACCAUUUCGGAGGGAUCCUGCCCCGAGCGCAUCACCACCAUCACCGGCUCCACCGACGCCGUCUUCCGCGCCGUCUCCAUGAUCGCCUUCAAGCUGGAGGAGGACCUGGGAGCGGGGAGCGAUGGGGCAGCAGCAGGCAGAGCGCCGGUGACACUGCGCCUCGUCAUCCCGGCCAGCCAGUGUGGCUCGCUCAUCGGCAAGGCGGGAGCUAAAAUCCGAGAGAUCCGAGAGAGCACGGGGGCACAGGUGCAGGUGGCUGGUGACCUGCUGCCCAACUCCACCGAACGGGCCGUCACCGUCUCGGGGGUGCCAGACACCAUCAUCCAGUGCGUGAGGCAGAUCUGCGCCGUCAUCCUGGAGUCGCCUCCGAAGGGGGCCACCAUCCCCUACCACCCUGGCCUCUCCCUGGGCACCAUCCUGCUCUCUGCCAACCAGGGCUUCUCCAUGCAGGGCCAGUACAGCGGGGUCUCUCCCGCAGAGGUGACGAAGCUGCAGCAGCUGUCAGGGCACACACUCCCCUUCGCCUCCCUAGGCCACGCACCCUCCAUGGUGCCAGGCCUGGACACCAGCUCCCAGAGCACCUCCCAGGAGUUCCUGGUGCCCAAUGAUCUCAUCGGCUGCAUCAUCGGCCGGCACGGCAGCAAGAUCAGCGAGAUCCGGCAAAUGUCGGGCGCCCACAUCAAGAUCGGGAACCAGAUCGAGGGCUCCAGCGAGCGGCACGUGACCAUCACAGGGUCCCCCGUCAGCAUCACCCUGGCUCAGUACCUCAUCACAGCCUGCUUAGAGACGGCCAAAUCUACCUCCCAGGCGCCGCCGGGCCCUGGCUCCGUGGACCUCGGCGUGGGCUUCUCCCAGCCCCUCACCCCGGGCUCCGGCGCAGCACUGCCUGCCGUCGCCCCGGCCCCCCCAGCCCUGCUGGGCACCCCCUACACCAUCUCUCUCUCCAACUUCAUCGGCCUGAAGCCGGUGUCCUUCCUGGCGCUGUCCCCAUCCUCCGUGGCAGGUCCCAACGGUGGCACCGCCACCUACACGACCAAGAUCUCGGCGGCCAACGGCACCAAGAAAGCCGACCGGCAGAAGUUCUCACCCUACUGAGCCCCGCUGGCGGGUGGGCGAAGGGCUCCGGGGUGCCACCCGGUGCCAGGGACACCUCCCCGCUGCCCACCCUGUCCCCCAGCCCCUGCCAGGCGCCCCAUGCCCGAGGUGGACCCCCCCUUGCCCCCCACCCCAGGGACGGGAAGGGUCUUCCCGGCAGCAAUGCCCGCUGGAGGAAAUGGCUGCUCUGCUGCCUGCUGCCCAUCCCGGCAGCGCUGUGCCCCCCUCCCUGAUUUUCCUGCACAAGGACCACGUGCCCUGGUAUUGGGGGGUGGGGGGCUGUCCCUGCCGGCCCAGGGUCCCUUCUCCCAAUGCCCUGUGCCAGGGUGGGACCCCCGCCUCCUGCCCCUCUCCCUGCCCACCCCGCCAUCCCGCUCCUGCCCACCCUCCAGCUGGCACCCAAAAGCCACAUCCAUCUGGAUGAGGGGCUGCCUGGCCUCUCUGGGGAUCCCCCUUCCCCUGGCUCUGGUGGGGCACCCUCCCCGGGUCAUCCCGGGGCAAUCGCCUCCCAGCAACCCCAUCCAAGAGCUGGUCCCUGCUGGCUUGGAAAUGCUGUAUAUAUAAGUCUAUAUUUUUUCCUCCUUUGUAACUUAUCAAUGGUUUAAUAAAAAGAUAAAAUUUACAAGAAAAAAA